UACGAUUACAGUAGGAUUUAUUGAAUGCAUCACUGUAGAAAACUUCCCAAUUUUCGGGCCACGGGACUUUAUUUAAAGACGUGUAUGUUCGUUAACAUAAACAAACAUUUGAAAAUACUUUUUCGUAACUAGCUAACGUUUACCCUAUCGCCUUCCGGUCGCCUCUCUGUUCAGUUCCAAGGUACAACUAACAGGUUACAGAUAGCUAGAUGAUGUGAGAGUUCACCGAGUCAAAGGGGAUUUGACUGGACAAUAACAGCUCGAGCGUUUCGCAGGUUGGUUCCCGCCGGCAGCUCCACUCUCUGCGGUAACAUUAAACGUGUGUUUUCUACAAGAAGCAAAAUGAGUCGAAGAGGAGAAACAACCGAAACCUCCAGAGCUUCAGCUCCCAUCCAGGCUAACGUUACUGACCAACCGAAAAGGAGGAAAAUCAUUCACGUCGUUUACCUCAUCGCUGCUUUGGAUAUCACAUGGAUGUUUUUACAGUUUUCUGUCACCCCUUAUUUGGCGAGGAAACUUGGCUUUGACACCUUGUGGUUGGGUUAUUUACAAACCAUGGUCGGUGUAAUCCAGCUGGUUGGGGGUCCUAUGUUUGGAAGGUUUGCAGAUAUCUUCGGAGCGCGAGCAGCUCUGUCUCUGGCGUGUUCUGGAACCGUCGUUUUCUUUCUGCUGCUGGCCGUAGCGGAGAGUCCUGCCAUGCUCUUCAUCCACAAACUCCCCACAGUCUUCAUGCAUGUUCUACCUGCAUCUCAGAUGGUCGUUGCAGACCUUUCAGAACCUGAAAAACGGGCUGACGCUUUAUCCAAACUAGGUCUAUGUUUUGGCGUCGGUAUGAUAGCUGGCUCCACGUUGGGCGGCCAUCUUAACACACGCUAUGGGGAGACAUUUACUGCAAGUUUUGGUGCUGUGGGGAGUGCCUUCAGUUUACUUUUGGUUUUAAAGUUUAUCCCCAAAACUACCAAAACUCAAGCUCCAACAACCAACACAGACAGUGGAAACAAAAGCAAGUCAGUAUUCAACCUGGGAGAGAUCACAAGACUGAUGAAGUUCCCAGGUGUAAAGCGGACUUUCGUUGUGAAGAUAGUUGCAGGUUUGCCAUCAGGCAUAUUUCAAGUGAUGUUCUCAAUCAUUGCAAUGGACUUCUUCAAGCUGCAACCUGAGCAGAAUGGCUAUCUGAUGGCUUAUUUUGGCAUAGCCUCAAUGGUUGUUCAGGGAGGAGUGAUCGGUCGGCUGACAGCGAGAUACUCGGAGAACUCGCUGCUGCUUCUGUCCAUCGGAGUUUCUUCUUUGGUGGGACUGGCUCAGGCUUACAUGCAGAAUGUGUUCCAGUUCAGCCUGAUCGUUAUCCCGAUGGUGUUUUCUCUCAGUUUGUUUAAUGUCCUCACAGACAGCAUGCUCACCAAGAGCGUCCCGUCCUCCGACACAGGCACGAUGAUGGGACUGUGUGCAUCUGUCCAAUCUCUGCUUCGCACAGUCGGGCCGACUGCUGGUGGCUUCCUGUACGUGAACUACGGCAUUUCGUCUAUAGGUUUAAUGCAGUUUGUUGUGAAUAUCGCUGUGUUUGUGCACCUGCUGCAGCGUCACCUCAACAAGACAGUUUCUAAAUAAGCUUUUUUAAUAUAUUUAACUCGUACAAAACCUAAUAGAGGAGGUGGAAAUUCAAUGUUUGUUUUGGGAACAAUCAAUGUUCUACAGGUGCAUAUAUUUAAAGCACUUUUCCACAGUUGUUUAUACGAUGAGAUUAACUCAAGUGUUUCUAUUUCUUCAUUUUUGGGAUUUUGUACUAGUUCAUUUUGUAGUGGAGAUUCAGUACUGAACCACUAGAUGACAGCAAACCCUCCAUUUUACCUGAUAGUG